UCCACGCACCCUGUUUCCCACGUUGUAACGCGGCGGUGGUUGGCUGGCUAGGCAGACAACAUGGCGGCGUCCUUGCUGGGCUCGCUGCUGCGGACCUUCCGGCAGGCAGUUCCUCUGUCAUCGUCAGGUCAAGCUCGAGGUUACUAUGUAGACUGGAGAAUGUUGCGUGAUGUGAAGAGACGAAAAAUGGCUUAUGAAUAUGCAGAUGAGCGGCUUCGAAUCAAUUCGCUCAGAAAGAAUACCAUUUUGCCAAAAGACCUUCAGGAAAUGGCUGGUGAUGAAAUUGCUGCCCUUCCACGGGAUAGCUGUCCUGUUAGAAUCAGAAAUCGGUGUGUCAUGACAUCUCGCCCCCGCGGUGUUAAGCGUCGCUGGAGACUUAGUCGCAUUGUCUUCCGACACUUAGCUGACCAUGGGCUACUUUCUGGAGUCCAGCGAGCAAUAUGGUGACAGUUUCCAAACCUGCCCAGCUGCCAGGGAAGCCAGUCCUGGCAAAAGACUUAAAACUAAACCCUAGGGUUCAUAGGGGUUUAGCAUGUUUAGCCUACUUGACCCUGAGUGAAACUACCCUUUAGAUUUAAAUAAAUAAAAGUGGUUAUUUGUCAUUGAAUUGUCUUUUAACUUUAAAGCAUAUAUUACUCCCAUACAUGGUGUAAGAGUGGAAUUAAAAAUAUUUUCUGUGAAA